AAGAUAUGUCAAUUGUCAAAUUGUGGAUGUGGAUGGCGUCAGGCGGGCGUCCGUCUACUUAUCGAGAAUAUUGCAAUUGCAGUGAAGUGAAAACAUAAUAAUACGAGUACAACGUUCGGUAUAACUUUCUGUUCUUGUAAUAUGAAUAAUAAGUCCUGAAAAUGGGAAAAAUCGGGGACUCUAAUACCUGCUCCGUACCGGAGUGUAAAUCUCGGAAUACGAAUGAAAUAACACUAUAUCAUUAUCCUAAAGAAGAGGCGCAGAGGAAAAAAUGGACUGAUGCUAUCAAGAUUGAGAGUAAAAUAACUCAAAACAUGCAAGUUUGCAGCCGUCAUUUUGUGAAGAGUGAUUAUAUUAUAUCAGAUAACGCAGGUGCCAAAGUGAAGAGGCUAAAGAAAUCAGCAGUUCCGUCUCAGAACUUGCCGUGGCAGUUCCCGAACAAGAGAGUCAGUCCGACACUCGCCAAGGCUCGCAUGGAGCGCUUGAAGAAUCGACUACAGAAGGUGUCCGAUUCUCCAGGCAGUAAAUCUGAAACUUCAGACGCUAAACCAGAGACUCCAGCUAAAAAACCUGAAAAAGGCAAAAAAUCUGAUACUGCAUCAAAAUCUAUUGAAAAAACUGAGGAUGAAGAAGAAAUAAAGAGUGAGGUGGUAAUUGAGGAAGAUGAUUUAACUACUGGAAAUACAUCUGUUGGUGCCGAUGUGGAGAAAAAUGAAGAAAAUGAUGAAGAAACUGUUGAAGAGGAUGGAGGUGAAGCCUCAGAGGCUAAAAAAGACGAUAAUAUACCUGCCCGUGGGCCGACGAGGCUCCGACAGCGGGAGGGAACGAUAAAAUGCGAGCAUUGCGGCAGAAAGUGUCUUACGCCCCAAGCGUUGCAAACUCAUCAACAAAUUGCGCAUAAUAAGAACGCCAGAAAUAACAUAAUCAAUCCUAAAAAGGACUCUUCAGUUAAUAAUAAGACUAAAUCAUCGCCUAAACCAACCAUUGUGCCGUUAAUUUCUGUGAAAAGUCCCGAAAAUCUGCUGGCCAAACCGCCUGUGAAAGCAAAGCCAGUUGUGUCUCUGAAUUCACGUGAGGUGGAGAAAGUGCUUCAAGACGACAGCGACUACAUCGCCACGGCGAGCGACUCCUCUGACGUGAGUGUGAAGGAAGAGAUUGUGGAGAAAAAGGAACAGCGGAAGACUGAAUUUGAGUGUCCGAAAUGUAAGAGACGGUUUGCUGUGUACUUUAUGGCAUACAAGCAUAUACAGAAGCAUCAUGCUGGGACACCGAACGGAAGUAAAACUACACCUCUUCUCCCGAAGCCAACCCGCAUAGAGAUCUGCACGAUCUGCAGCGCGUCGGUGGAGAGCAACUCCCACGUGUGCCCCGGGCCGAUAAAGAUGGCCAUGGGGCUGGUCUGCACCGGCUGCGAGCAGGAGUACAAAACACUCACUAUGUUCGACAUGCACAAGAGCAGCAUGCAUAGCGACGGAGUUGAGAGCAUGUUCUUCUCUACUCUAGAUGAAUUUCUGCAAUGGAAGCAGAAAAUGGAAAACCAAACUAAAGUGACAUACGCAAUAUUGGACCAGAACGAUACCAAGAAAAUCUACCGCUGCACCUACCAUACCGGGCUAGGGCCUAGCAGCUACAGCCGACAGCGGAUGUGUCCGUCGUGUGUCGUCGUUCAAGAGUUCACCAAGGGAUUCCAGGUGCACUACUACCCGCUCCAUUACGGGCACGAGUACCACAAGUACAACCUCAGCAGCGCCUUCCAGCAGUACUCCAUCACCUCGCUCAUGAACCUCACCGCCAGGCAGCUGCCCGACGACGAGCCCAUCAACACCACGGACCUCGACAGCCCGGACCUCUACCUGCAGUUCCAGAAGAUCACUGAAACCAUCGUCAACGAAGCGGCCAGAAUUAAUGUCAACGGGCUUAAAAAACUCAUGCGGAAAGCUUUAGAGAUGAUGGAAGUCAUUAACAGCUAUGUCGAGGAUGAUGAUGAUGAUGGCAUCACCAGUUCAAAUUCCAUUUUGAAAUUAGAUUCGAAUAAAGAUAACUUGCAAGAUGAUGUUAAGUUAGCGUUGGCGAAUUUUAAAAGAAAAUCUAAAACGAAUUCAGAUCAUGAAACACCGCCUAAAAGGAGCAAAUCCGUGUUCCAAAGCACUGAAAAUUUGAAAACGCCUAAAAACAGAUCUAGUUUGUCAAAUAAAGAUACAGAUGUCAGAAAAGAUGCGCUAAAGUUAAACCAAUCUCCAACUUUUAUAGAUACUUUCCAAGAAUUUGUGGGUAAAAUACCGAAAUCUGACGAUAGACUUAUGAAAAAAACUGUCAGUAGAAGAACGCCGGCAGUUAAGACUAAAAUCGGUCAAUAUAAGCCUAAAACUCCUCCUAAAAAAGUAUCAUUCUCUCCAACUAAUAUACCAUCUCCUAGGAAAAGUAUUAAGGAAUUGGAAUAUGAAGUUAAAGAACAGGAGAAUGACUGUAAUAUAUUGAUUUUGAAGAUUUAGUGAUUUAGAAAAUGGACUGGUAAUAACAUAUCCUUAAGUGUAAAGAAAGGCAGAGGCUGCGUACAUAGACGUGCACGCACACGUCACGCAAGCGGUGUGUCGUCUCUCAUAAGAAUCUGUAUAUUACAACGUGCACACGGAUCCGGUGUACGGGCCUUAGUGUUUUGAAAUGUACAUGAUUUAAUAAGUUUAAGAUUUUGAGUACAUGGCUAUGAUUUCUCUAAGAAUCUAAAUUAGGAAAAUAGGCUAUUUUAAAAACAAGUCAGAUCAACUACUCUUUAUCCCUUUUUUAGGCAUAGUACGAAUUAGGGGUCAUCCAUUAAUUACGUCACACGAAUUUCUAGGUUUUUUGACCCCUCCCCCCCUCCUUGUCACACUUGGUCACAUUUGGCAAACCCCUCCCCCCUAGUGUGACGUCACAUUUUUUCUACGAAAUCGCCAAAUCGAAUUAAGUAAGUACCUAAGUAUUAUUAAUAUUUUAUCAAAAUAUUUUUGACGAUAUAAAUAUUAGUAAUUUUAUGACCCAAAACUGCUUAGGAAAGAAAAUUAUACGAAUAAAAACGAUUAUCGUUUUAAAAACUUGUUAUUUAAAUGUACAGCGAAUAAAAUAAUUUAAAUAAAUUUUCGGUUACUGAUGAAGUUAAAGUGACGUCACAAAGUUUGUGCCUCCCCCCUCCCCCAUGUCACAAUAUGUCACAUUUUCUUGACCCCCUCCCUCCCCCUAAACGUGUGAUGUAAUUAAUGGAUGACCCCUUAUCACGUAUGCACCAAUAGAAUUUCAACUUUAGCGUUCCGAUUUAAAGUUCAAAUUGGAUUGGACUUUCGGGAAAUGAAUCAUCAAAGCAUUUCAUUGGUGCGUCCAGGAAAAGGGUUAAACCCUCUACCCCCUUAUUCAUAGAGUUAGACCGAUAGCCCACGCAGUGCAAGUGUCAUUUUAAACGUCAAUAUUAUAUAACACUUCCACUGCGUGGGCUAUCAAAUCCGCUGCAGACUUUUAUUGGUGGGACUAUAAACUUUUUUAGGGUUCCGUACCCAAAGGGUAAAACGGGACCCUAUUACUAAGACUUCGCUGUCCGUCCGUCCGUCUGUCACCAGGCUGUAUCUCACGAACCGUGAUAGCUACAGUUGAAAUUUUCACAGAUGAUGUAUUUCUGUUGCCGCUAUAACAACAAAUACUAAAAACAGAAUAAAAUAAAGAUUUAAAUGGGGCUCCCAUACAUCAAACGUGAUUUUUGACCAAAGUUAAGCAACGUCGCGUCGGGAGGGGUCAGUACUUGGAUGGGUGACCGUUUUUUUUGCUUUUUUUUGUUUUUUUUUUGCAUUAUAUAGUACGGAACCCUUCGUGCGCGAGUCCGACUCGCACUUGCUCGGUUUUUUUUUCUAAACUUGACGAGCCGAUAAUAAUCGUUUGUUCCUUUCCAUCAUACCUGUCGGAAUGGGACAAACGAUUAUUAUCGGCUUGUCAACUUUAGUAAACGUUUAUGAAUAAGGGGGUUAGUUUAUUUAUAUUAAACUAGCCUAUUUUAGUAAUUGUAAUCUGGAUAGUUCUGUCCCACCGCGAGCUAGUAAGCUAUGAGCUAUCGGCUAUAAACACGAACAAAAGAUAAGCACUCC